AUGGCCCCUCGACGCGGCAGCUCUUCCUCGAGCUAUCAUAGCAACUACAAUCCAUGGAGCACUACGGUUUUGUUGACACUGGGCAACUCCCCAAACAAGGAUUUGUUUUUCACCGAAUUUGCCUUUAAUAUUCUCUCUCUUCUCACCUUCAUUUUCUUCCUCAUCUGGACAUGCAAAAUCAGGAAUCGCGGUCUCCCGCUGAAGGCACUCAUUGGCGCCUUGGCUUCCUUUAUAUGCUGCCAAAUCACUAUGGUUGUCUGGGAAGCCCUAUAUAUCGCCGAUGCAGAGGUGACAAGGUACUAUUUGAUCGACCUGAUGCUCUGGGACUUCUUCAGAGUCAUGGGGAUCUGUCUCACCUUCUGUGUCUUCUGGAACCUCAUCCAUAACUUCCUAGCCCAUAUCAGAGGUUCUGACAAGCCACACGUGGCAGUGUCCAUCGUCCAUUAUAUCUUCAUUGUUAUUAUCGUCGUGGUCUCGCUUGCUGAAUGGGGCUUGUGUGUCGCUUCUUACGUCCGAAGUGCGACUUCCCGAUACGACGAUACUCUGCAGUUCACCUGGACACAUCUGAGUGGUGCGUCUGAGGUUAUCUAUUGGGUAUUUUCCAUGGAGAUCGUCGCAUGGAUGAUCUUCGCGGCUAACAAGGCUGGUAAUGAUAUUUUUGUGUCAAAGAUGCCCACUAUGGCAAUCGUCACCGCCGCCAUCUCCUGGUUCGCAGUGUGUUCCGUCCCAGCUAUCAUCUACAUUCAUUAUACCCUGGUGCUGGCCGAUUAUUCUCAAUGGCCGAUAUACCUAGAUGUCGUCAGAGCAGUUUUGAAGUUCAUCUUCUGGGUCGGCACUUAUACUGGCAUUCUCCUGUGCUGUUCUAAAUGGCACAUGCUUGGUGAUGAGCAGAAGUAUUCUGCGCAACAGUACCAGUCUCAGUACCCUCCAGCUCAAACUCAACAGCCGUAUCUUGCUCAGUUCUCUGGUGGACAGUACCCUCCGGUUCAACAGCAGCCAUAUGGUGUUUCUCCUUACGUGGAUCAUUCGGCACAGAAUCAGUCUCACCACCCUGUCUCGCCUCAGUAA